AUGGGGAACAAAAGAAUCCAAAAUCUUUUAGCCUGCAAGGGCUUUUCAUUUAUUUUUAUCAUACCAAGAUCCCUUACCCAGUGAUUUUAGCGCAUUUUUUUCUCCAAUUCAAAUUUUUGGUGUUUAUUUUUCCUUUUCUUUCUUGAAGUUUUGAAUUGACUUCUACAAUAAUCUGACUAUUUCAGAGACAUUUUCACGAUGACGAAAGAGAAACUUAUAAUAUGAAAAAAAUGACGGCAUGCAAUUAUAUACUUCAACAUUUUUCCAGCGCUUUUUGUGUCGCUUAUAUCUGAAACCUUGUGCAUAACUUUUGCGUCAACUGAAAGUUUCUUUAUUCUCAUUGCUGAAGGUCAAUCUCAACUUAAGCAUUGAGAAUGUUUAGUAAACGUGAGUCAUAACUCAUUUCGUGCACAUAAAUAUUUGAUUGACAGAAAACAAAUACAGAUGAAGUGGACACUGAAUCCUCAAAUAUUCAGGAAACAUCACAAUGCGUGUACCCUUAGGGCCAUUUGAUUUUCAAUUAAAUUGAAAAUCAAAAAUCAAAAUUUGUGAAUAAUUUUGAUUUUCAAUUCGAUUUGAAAAUCAAAAUUCAAAAUUCAGUUUAAAAUUUCAAAAUUCAAAAUUCAAAAAUCAAAAAUCAAAAAUCAAAAUUCAAAAUUCAAAAUUCAAAAUUCAAAAUUCAAAAUUCAAAAUUCAAAAAUCAAAAUUCAAAAUUUCAAAACUUAAAAUGACAGGUGGUACAAUUGACAGGUGGUUCAAUUCUUGCAUACCACUAUUUUGUAACAAUAUUUAUGAUGCAAUAAGAUUUAGGUUUCCCGCAUUUUUUAGCCGACCCCCUGAACUGCGGCAUAAUUAGGGGGUCGUAUAAACUGUUUUUCGUGUGGGUUCAAAAGGGCCUAGCCCUUGCAUUAACCCCCUUUUUGGUGUGUCCUGGUACAUGCCUAUAUAAUCCCUCCAGUGAGGGGGGAUAAGUCAGUUGCAGGAUUAAUUUGCACACGAUAGAAAGCGAUAUAAAAUAUGGAUUCUUCAUUUAUUUUUUACAAUGGCCGUGACGGGGAUCGCACAGAAAGAACACUGCGGAGAAGCCAAGUAUCAGUCCAAAGACUGGCAAUGAUUUACAAGCUUGACGUUACAUCGGUGUACAUAACAGAGGAGUUCGGUUCCUCAGAAUUUCCGAAUCCGGAUGGGACGUUUGAUUGCCUUCGGGAGUCGCCUUCUGGCACGUAUUACCAAGUGGAGGGAGAACCACAUCAAGGCAUGACUCAGGUUAGAAACCUACCGACAUCAACGGUCAAUGACAUCGGCGCGUUUCGAAGGCCAACAAUGUUGCAUACAUCUUCGUCCACGAUGUCGCGUAAACGUGUAGGUGCGGCUGCGGAGAACUAUGUUUUAAAAGUUGUUCUGGCGGAUAUAGAGAACAAAAAAAUCGUUAAUCAGAAACGAAUUUCGUUUAUAACAAUAACGGAAGCAGAAGCAAACGUCGACGCAAUCACGGAGAUGGCAAAAACACGAUUCGAAGAUCGAACGUUGGUGUUAGUGCAAGGAGGUGGUUUACGAUACGAGGACUCCGCAGCCACAAGAGGAAUAAGCUUCUGGAAAGCCGCGGCUUGGAAGGUUUAUGCAGUAAAAGCCAAUGAUCUCGAAACAUUUGAUUAUUUUACGCCACGAAGAACAAAAGAAAUAAAGGAAAAACUUGCUGACCUCACCAGCCUCGUCCAAUCUGGCGUUAUUUUAACUUGUGUGGACCAAGAUACACGAGAGGCAGCACAACGAGCAUUAUCAUCUGUAAAGAUCUGUGAGAAGGCAAAACAAAGCUUCGAGUGCUUGAUAUGUCGUGGGUUGAGCCGGAGUCCGGUGAAAAUGGGUUCCUGCUGCAGAAGAAUAAUUGGUUGUGGCGAAUGUGUAGAUCGCUGGUUUUUAGAAAAUCAAAAUUGCCCACAUUGCAGGUCCAACGAACUCGACGCAAUUUUUGAAACUAAUAAUUUUGAUGGAGUGCUUGCAGAAAUACGUUCUGUCUUUCCGAAUUAA